AUGACUGCCAACAAGAGCUCCAAUGCUGCUUCUCGGACCGGGGGUAAGGCUCCGCGGGACAACGCCGACAGGAACCAGCCAUCAUCACCUGUCCUUUCCACUAGCCCAGGACAGAGCCAGCAUACACCCCUCAGUGACAGCGAGAGCUCGGGGAAACCAAGUCGAUACGCAAGAACGGACGGGCGUUUCUUGGUCCACGCUGGUAGACCAAACAGCAAGGCCGCAACUCUGUGUGGUGGCACGUCUCUCGCAGAUGACGCCAAAUUCCAAGGCAUCCUCGCCAAAUCAAAGAGCAUCGGCUGCUUAGACAACAGGUUGUCCAUCUAUAAAGCUCCAGUACUGACCAAGGCAAACCAGGAAGUUGUAAGCAAUGACAAAGCUGUAGAUCUUGCUUCGGGAGAUCGACCAAAUGCCACAGCUCUGAGUUUGAGCAGUGUCUCUUUGGGAUCCGGCCAAGCCCACAAGCGCACACUUUCUCUGGGUUCAUCGUUAGCAGGUGCACCCCCUACCGCUAUUCGCAAAAAGAUCUCAGAAUGGGAGUGCCGGCAUUUUUCUUUGCCUAAAAUGAGCUUAUGCCUGGAGAAGAGGACAGUAGGGGAGUGUGUGGGGGGCAGCGAGGGUUGUCCCAGUCUCCUCUCCUCCCCCUGCAGUGAGAAAACAUUUGACUUUAAGGGUGUUCGCAGGAUGAGCACUGCUUAUUCGGAAUGUUCUUACACAGAAACGGAGGACGAGCGAGUUGCGGAGAAAGAUGGUACGGGACGUUUUCAGAAAAGACUGGGCAAAACGGAUUCUCCCUUUGCACGGUCCUCGUCGGGUCGGAAGGAGACGUCAGCAGUGCUCAAUAGGAUACAGAAAAUCGAGCAGGCCUUGAAGGAUAGUCCUAGCACCACAACCCCUCCACGCUAUCUGAAUAACUGCUAUGGCAAUGACAAGACAAAGCAGAGGUCUUUUGUAAUAGGAGAGGACUUGGAUAGUGCGUGCGCCAGUAAACGCAGCAGUAUAUGCUCCGUCACAAAUGAACCCGAUGUCGUUUUAGUGUCGGACAAACUCUCAAAACUCAGGCAAAGGUUUAGCAUGAGCUCAACCAGGUCUGAGAGCCCUGAGCCCACUCUUCACACAACUCCCAUAGGCUCCCCAGUCAACCCCCUACCCAAACCCAAACGCACUUUUGAGUAUGACGCUAAACGAGACCAGAAAGGCCAGCCGCAGGCCAACGGGCUACCCCCAGACCAGGCCAUGGAGGCGCCCCCACCCCUGCCCUCCACUCCUGCUCCCAACUCCAUCAUGAAGAGCAAGACGGAGGGGAACACCAGGCUCCAGGACAGGGAGUCGUGUGAGUCCGAGGAUGCCGCCAGCCUGCCCUCUUUGCAUCCAUCGUCUCCCACAGAAAACGGCACAUCCACAUCAGAGACGAGGACCAAACCAAACGCUAAAAGCACUUUUGAGGAGAACACAUAUGAAGACAUUGUGGAAAAGGAGAAUCCGUAUGAGGACGUUGACCUCAAGCGCCGGAGUCUCGGACGAAAGUCAGCUUUCACAGAGAGCAGCCGGUCGUGGAGCGCUGCAGACCGGAAGCUCAACUCUCCUCCUCAGUUACCAUCCAAACCCAGUAGCCAGUCUCUGCGUUCAACUACGUCCAGCGACAGAAAGAACCACCGUACGGCCCAGUUGUCCAAACGGCACAGCCACAAUGACAUGCUGCUCCUGCCCCCGUCGCCCUGUGGAUUGAUGGACAACAAUUUCUGUGGCACCACUGACACUUUGGGCUCACACAGGCACUGGAGGAUCCCCAAGCUGGUCCAAAGAAUAAAUGCCAUUUACUGCACUAAACGUGGGAAGAAGAGGCUGAAAAAGUUGUCCAUGACCAAUGUUGAGACAGCUUCUUUACGAGAUGACAACAGCGAAAGUGAGAGCGACUCGGAUGACAGGUUUAAAGCUCACACGCAGAGACUUCUUAAGCUGCAGUCCAUCCUCCGUAGGGCCCCGAGUUACCGGACCCUGGAGCUGCAGCUCAUCGAGUGGCAGGAGAGGGAACUGUUUGAGUAUUUUGUGGUAAUUUCCCUGAAGAAGAAACCUACCAAGAACUCAUACACACCGGAAGUCACCUAUCAAUUUCCAAAGCUCGAGAGGCCCACCAAGCAGAUGAGGGAGGCCGAGCAGAGACUGAAGGCCAUUCCUCAGUUUUGUUUUCCUGACGCGAAAGACUGGAGUCCUGUGUCUGAAUACACAAGUGAGACCUUCUCGUUUAUGCUGACGGGGGAAGAUGGCAGCAGGAGGUUUGGCUACUGCAGGCGAUUACUGCCAAGCGGUAAAGGGCCCCGUCUUCCAGAGGUUUACUGCGUGAUAAGCAGACUGGGAUGUUUUGACUUGUUCUCCACAAUCCUGGAUGAGGUGGAGAGGCGGAGGGGUAUCUCUGCUGCCCUGGUCUACCCGUUUAUGAGGAGUUUGAUGGAGUCGCCCUUCCCUGCACCAGGGAAGCUCAUCAAAGUGAAGACCUUUCUGCCUGGAGCAGGAAAUGAGGUCAUUGAGUUGAGGCGCCCCACUGAUUCCAGACUGGAGCACGUGGACUUCGAGAGUCUGUUCAAGUGUCUGAGCGUACGGCAGGUGAUACGAGUCUUUGCAUCGCUGCUUCUAGAACGAAGAGUCAUCUUUGUAGCCGACAAACUCAGCACUCUGUCCAGCUGCAUGCACGCCGUGGUCGCCCUGCUCUAUCCCUUCUCCUGGCAGCACACCUUCAUCCCCGUGCUGCCUGGCUCCAUGCUGGACAUCGUCUGCUGUCCCACACCCUUCCUGGUGGGGCUGCUGUCCAGCUCUGUGCCCAAGCUCAAAGAGUUACCUGUGGAAGAGGCUUUAAUGGUCGACCUGGGGACUGACCGCUUCCUCCGCCAGAUGGACGAUGAAGCCUCCCUGUUGCCACGGAAACUCCAGUCGGCCUUGGAGCAGGCACUGGAGCAGAGAAAUGACAUCAUUGGCCAGGACUCCGACAGCGAAUCAGACGAGGAAUACAACUCCCUGACCAACCUGGUGUCCGAGGCCUUUAUCCGCUUCUUCCUGGAGACGAUCGGACACUACUCUUUGUUCAUCACGCAAAAUGAACACGGGGAGAGGGUUUUCCAGAGGGAGCCUUUCCGCAAAUCUGUGGCCUCCAAAAGCAUCCGACGAUUCCUGGGCGUCUUCAUGGAGUCGCAGAUGUUUGCAGGUUUCAUCCAAGAUCGGGAGCUCCGGAAAACAAAAGCAAAAGGUUUGUUUGAGCAAAGAGUGGAUCAGUAUCUGGAGGAGCUCCCAGACUGUGAGCAGAGUGGAGUCAACAAGUUCCUCAAAGGCCUCGGAAAUAAAAUGAACUGCCCAAAGAGCAUCCUCAUCACCAUCACCGGAGGGGGCAUCGCCACCACAGCAUCACGGGUCAUCAAGUGGUCCGGGGUCCUACACAUGGAUGAACUGGGGGAGGAGAGGGCUGUACAACCACACUCACUGCUGAACAAGGCUCCUGCUGAGAACUCCACUGAACAUCCUGCUCAAGCCGGCGGCAUGGAGAAGAGCUGCUCCCAGUGCUCAGAGGCGGCUCUCGCCCAGAGCCUCUGUACGCGCUGCAACAAGUGGCUGUGUCACCAGUGCACAGAUGUUCACCAACACCACACGGCCCCCUUCUCUGACUGUCAGCAGGCCACCAGGCCCAAUGCCAGCCAGUGUGCGGACCUCCACCAGAGAGCCACCAACUCCCUGGCAGCUCCCAGACAAGGUGGCGGGUCGUAUCCUUGCCCCCUCCUCCGGUGCCACUCUCACGGACAGGAGCCCUUGGAGCUUUUGUGCGAGUCAUGUGACCUCCUGUGCUGCAGCAGCUGUCACCUGUCCACCCACAAAAACCACAGAGUGGUGCCCAUAGAUAAGGCUCUGCAGGACCAGCAGUGGCUGUUUGAGAGUCUGCUGGUGCAGGUGGAGGAGAGAAGGUCAUCAGUGGAGAACAAUGCCAAACAGAUAGAAGAAAGACUUCACGGAGUAAAAAUCGCACACAGGAAGGCAGAGAACCAGAUUAAAAUGGCAAAGAUGAUAAUGAUGAAUGAGCUUAACAAACGAGCCAACCUAUUAAUAGAGCAACUGGAGAAAUUCUCGGAGGACUUUCAGCAGCGCCUGGAGGAUUACUUGCAGGGGGCCAUAGAGGCGUGUGGACAGAUGAACCAUAUUCACAAGUUCAUCACCUGGGCAACGAGCCACCACCACAGCACCAGCCCGCUCCUGUUCAGCAGGGAGAUGAUUUCGCUCCAGAUGCAGCAGUUACUUGAAGCGCCACCUCCCCUGGAUUCACUGAGUCCUGUCAAGAUCAAAUUCAACUGGGACGCAAGUUACUGGACAAAGCAGAUAUCGACUUUAGGCCAGCUCACAGUAGAAGGGGGGAGCUGUCCGUACCCUCAGUCCCUGUCCUGUCCCAGUCUCCUCCGCUCUCAACCUCUCACUUGUUUGGCUCCGCCUCAAGUGUGCCACCGACAAGACUCAAGCUGUGGCUACAAGAACUGCUGUGAGCUGCCCAUGUGCUGCCUCCACGGCCUCCCCAACCCAGCGGAUCUGACCUCUCUGGACACAUCCGCCAGGGACGGGACUCUAUACAGAUCCAGCCUCUUCUCCUCCAGACAUUGGGACACAGACAGUUCCAUGUCCGUCUCCUCUCCUGUGGCGUUUAGACCCACACAGUCCAGGUGCACUCGCUCAUAUUUGCAUCAGCAACAGCACAACGAAGCUGUUUCAAACUCUCAAGUCAACGCAGACGGCCCAGCUCACAGCCAGUGUCAAAGGAAGAUGUCUGUUUGCUCCAGUUUACAGCAGAAUAACAAAGACACAACGGGUAAAGACAAGUGCGAUGAGACACACGGACAUGCGGUAGAGGAGCUUUUGGAGAAGGGGGAAACUGCACUUCCACAAAAGCAGCUUUAUCAAACUGCCUUUGUGCCUGAGUUGAGACAAGACCAGCAGAGGACCAGACCUGUACUGACCACUAGAGAUACACGGACCGGCAAGAGAUCCACUUCCCUGGAGGUGCCUGUGACAGCCCCUGAGUUUGUGGCUGAUGUGGAGAGGAGUCGGCUCAGCCCUAAUCCAGUAUGUGAGAGGAGAGAGAAGCGUUCCCAGAGCAUCCCAGCAGAACUGGCUGCAGCCUCCACCAUUAACCCGUACACAGAGCCGCUCCCAGCAUGCCCUCAGAGUCUACAGGCUGCAGCCACCGAUAAGCACACAUCAGUGGACUCCAGGCAGAGGAGGGCUUCAGACGGAGUACUUUGUGUGGUCAGAGAGAAUUCAGCCACCUUACCUCCAGCGAGAAGCCGGCGCCCUCCUCUACUCACCUACAAGACUGAAGCAGAUCAGUCCUGCACUUUUGUCAGCGAAGGCUUGGACUUUAAGGCUAGUGGUAGAUGCAGAUUUUUAAAUGCUGCGAUCAAAGGGACCCCCAAGGAGCAGGGAAGACCCAAAGUCCCAGUGGUUUGCUUAGAGCGUCUCAAAAUCCUUGUGUCUCAAAUGCCUCCACAAGGACGACGGCAGAGUGACCCAUUACCUUCCAGUGCAAGCAAUCAAGAAGUCUGGGAUGAACAAGAUGAAGUUGACAAAAGCUCUGCGUCUCUGAGACCUACGCACUCACUUUCUUCCAAUCAGUCGAGCUCAAUUUCAAACAACAAUGACUGUACUUAUAUGGGCUCUCCAAAGUCCCCCAGCUACUCCCCGCAAACCUUCUCCACACGGGAUCCCAGGACUUCUGACCACGACGUCAUUCACAUCGACCCGGAUUGUGACAGCGACGACUCGGACCGGAACGCAGAGUCGUCCUCCGAGGCGGAACACGAAAGUUUGACUCGCGAAAGAUCUGAGGAAAUGGACAGAGAAACUGACGCGACAGGAGAUUCAGAUCCAAGCCUGGAGUAUCACGAAGCAUCUGAGGAAGACCAGGAGCAGAACUCAAGAGAAGCCGAGUCAGAAGUAGACCAACAAGACCAGGUCGAGGAGGCGGACUCGCAGUCAGAUGUGGCCCAGGACUCGCACUGCUCCGUGGAUUCUGAUCUGGAGUCCGAGGCCGAAACCGCCAACGAUGAGCCUCAGCCGCUUCGCUCCGAUCAGGAAGACGAGCCGCGCAUCGGUCCCAUUCUGAUCCCAAACCCGGAUCCGGCCCAGAGCAGCGCGGAGAUGGAGAGCGAGGACUUCUGUGCCGUGUGUCUGAUCGGAGGAGAGCUGCUCUGCUGCGACACCUGCCCUAAAGUCUACCAUCUGACCUGCCAUAUUCCACAGUUGCUAAGCUUCCCCUCAGGGGACUGGGUCUGCAGCCUGUGUCGAGAUGUGGAGCAGCCAGAGGUGGAGUACGACUGUGAGAACCAGCGAUCGCCCGUGGACCAAGCAUCCAUGUGUGGACUCGCUGCUUCAGACCAAAGAAAAUGUGAAUGCUUGACUCUCCUAAUCCUGAGCAACAUGCUGAGUGCUCCCUUUCAUGAACCCGUCAGUCCACUGGCUCGUCAUUAUUACCAGAUCAUAAAGAAACCUAUGGACCUCUCUGUGAUUCGAACAAAACUCAACAAGAGCAACAGCAAACAUUACAUCUCUCCAGACGAGUUUGUGGCAGAUGUGUAUCUCAUGUUCAAAAACUGUGCAAAGUUUAAUUAUCCGGACUCUGAAGUGGCCCAAGCCGGUCGAAGUCUGGAGUCCUUCUUCAACUCGAAGCUCAAAGAAGUUUUUGCUGAGCGGGUUUUCCCAGGUUUAGAGACAGACUCAGACAGCGAUGAGUACGACGAGGUUGCCAGGUCCGCGGAGGGGUUUCCCUGGCCCGAGCGCAGGGAGCAGUGCCACAGGAAGAGGAAGAGGAGACACUCGGUCAAGUCCAGAAGGCAAAACGUCUGA